CCAACUCAUAUAUUUCUAGUAGCUAAUAAGAUCCCAGAAAAAAAAAUGGUUCUCGGAGAUCUAGCGAGUUCUAUCGGUAAUGUUGUCAGCGACAUUACCGGCAUCAAUAAAACCACCAAGACCGUCACAGGCAGUGUUGUUUUAGUUAAGAAGAAUUUUUUGGACUUCACUUCCUUGACCUCAACCGUAGUUGAUGGCCUUUUCGAGUUGCUUGGCCAUGGUGUCACUCUCCAGCUCGUCAGUGCUGAAAAUACCGAUCCUGCAAAUGAAAAUGGAGGAAAGCUGGGGAAAUUAGAGGCAUUGGAGUAUUGGAACCUCACAUAUACUCCUCCAUUGGCUGGUAGUGAUUCGUUGUAUAAGGUUUCAUUUGAGUGGGAUGAAGAGCUUGGAAUUCCUGGAGCUAUCAUCCUACGAAAUAAUCAUGCGGCUGAGUUUUUCUUAAAGACAAUUACUCUUGAAGAUGUUCCUGGCGAAGGUCGAAUUCAUUUUGUUUGCAACUCGUGGGUUUAUCCUGAUAAACAGUAUAAACAACCACGAAUCUUCUUCGCUAACAAGACAUAUCUUCCGCAUGAGAUGCCAGCAGCGCUGCGUAUAUACAGAGAAGAAGAGCUAAAGGCCUUGAGAGGGGAAGGGACUGGAGAGCUGAAAACAGGAGAUCGUGUUUAUGACUAUGCUUUGUACAAUGAUUUGGGUGAUCCCGAUAACGGUGCAGACCUCGCUCGUCCGGUUCUUGGAGGUUCCGCACAGUAUCCUUAUCCUCGGAGAGGAAGAACCAGCAGACCACCUUCCAAAACAGAUCCAAACACUGAGAGCAGGGUUUUUCUACCGGAAGUUCUAAACAUCUACGUCCCACGAGAUGAGCAAUUUGGUCAUUUGAAGCUAUCGGACUUUAUUGCUUUUAAUCUGAAGGGCUUAGUUAAUCAAAUCAUUCCAUUACUGGAAGCUUAUGUUAAUCUUACGCCUAAUGAGUUCGACUCGUUUAAAGACGUGGACAAUCUCUACUUCAAUGGAAUCCCACUUCCUACUGAUCUUGUCAAUCAAAUCGCAAGUAACAUCCCUUUGGAGAUGAUGCAGGAGUUUUUCCGAUCUGAUGGCCAACAGCUCUUAAAAUAUCCAGUGCCUCAAGUGAUUCAAGAUCGGAGUAAUCCUAUUGCAUGGAGGACAGAUGAAGAAUUUGGAAGAGAAAUGAUUGCAGGAUUGAACCCUCUUCUUAUUCAGCUUCUCAAAGAAUUCCCUCCGGUGAGCAACUUAGAUCCUGAAGUGUAUGUUAAUCAAAACAGUUCAAUAACCAAGCAAGACAUUGAGUAUAACUUAGAUGGACUUACUGUUGAAGAGGCACUGACAAGCAAAAGGCUAUUUAUAUUGGACCAUCACGACACACUUGUGCCUUACCUUAAGAUGAUAAACGAGUAUACAGAAGCAAAGACAUAUGCAUCUAGGACAAUUCUGUUCUUGAGAGGGGAUAAUACAUUGAAGCCAGUGGCCAUUGAAUUGAGCUUGCCAAAAAUGGAAGGAGAUAAAAUUGGAUGCGUUAGCAAAGUAUACACUCCAGCUGAACAUGGAGUUGAGGGUUGGAUUUGGCAGCUUGCUAAAGCUUUUGUAAAUGUGAAUGAUUCUGGUCACCAUCAGCUAGUGAGCCAUUGGUUGAACACUCAUGCAGUGCUAGAGCCAUUCGUGAUUGCAACAAACAGACAGCUGAGUGCGGUUCAUCCAGUUUAUAAGCUUCUCCAUCCUCACUUCCGUGACACCAUGACUAUUAAUGCAUUGGCUAGAGAAUUGCUCAUUAAUGCUAAUGGAAUUAUAGAGAAGACAUUUUGUCCUGGAAAAUACUCUCUAGAGAUGUCCUCUGUAAUUUACAAGAGUUGGAAUUUCAUGGAUCAGGCUCUUCCCAAUGAUCUCAAGAAAAGAGGGAUUGCAGAUGGUGAUAUCAAUUCUCUGGAUGACCUUGACCGACUAUUGAUAAAAGACUACCCAUACGCUGUUGAUGGGUUGAAGAUCUGGUUUGCUAUUGAAAAAUGGGUCAGAGAUUACUGCUCAUUCUACUACAAGACCGAUGAAAUGGUUCAACGGGACCCUGAACUUCAAGCAUGGUGGAAGGAACUCCGAGAGGUGGGUCAUGGUGACAAAAAAAACGACCCAUGGUAGCCUAAAAUGCAGAACCUUGAAAACCUGAUUCAAUCUUGCACCAUUAUCAUAUGGAUCGCUUCUGCACUCCAUGCAGCUGUCAACUACGGACAAUACGCCUACGGAGGCUACUUCCCCAACCGCCCAACACUAAGCCGAAGGUUCAUGCCUGAGAAAGGCACCCCUGAGUAUGCAGAGCUUGAAAAGAACCCUGAGAAGGUCUUCUUUAGAACCAUGUCUUCUCAGCUACAAUCCCUGACCGUCAUUACGGUGCUCGAAACGCUGUCGAACCACGCAUCGGAUGAGGUGUAUCUUGGACAACGAACCCCCAACUGGACCACCGAUGCAAUUCCCCUAGCAGCUUCGGAUGCUUUCAAUAAGAGACUUGCUGAAAUUGAAGGGGAAAUCUUAAAGAUGAACACAGACAAGACAUUGAAGAACAGGGUUGGUACCGUCAAUGUUCCUUACAAUUUGCUUUAUCCAACAGGUGAUGUUGGCAUUUCUGGCAAGGGAAUUCCAAAUAGCAUCUCAAUCUAAUUGAAAGGUAUAAGUUGCAUGAAAUAAGUGUUGCUAUGUAAUAUUAUUGCAGCACAUCAAAUAGUAUUAUUGUCUAUAUUUUGUGUUAUUUUCGUGGGUACACUGAUCUCGUCCUCCAAGUUUGUACCAUCUUCAGUGUCAUACUACUACAGUAUUAUUUACUCUCAAUAAAUUUAAGAAAAUUCUUAUA